UUAGUAUUUGGUAUAAACUCUACAAUUUAUUUUGCAUAAUGUUUAAAAUCCUGGUAAUUUUGGGGCUAUGUCAUCAAAUGUACAAUUGAAAACAAAAUAGUUUAGGUUUGCUAUUCGGAAUCGGAAUAUCAUAAUACCAAAAAAGAAAAUUUUCUCUCUAACCAACAUUCAUUUCAUUGUUUGAUAACGAGAAAACUGAGAAAACAUUUGAUGUUUUCAUUUUGCUUUGCUUCUUUAGAAGGCUAAUUUAAUUAAAAUGUAAAUGAAUUCUGUACGUUGCAUUUCGAUGUGAUAUUUUGAGUGAGUAGUAUUACUCGUAUUUAACUAAAAAAUGCUCAACGUAGAGAAGACUUGUCGGACGUGCAUGAAAAGCUGUGAAAUAUUAAUAGAUCUCUAUGAGCCUUUGAAAUCGGAAAAUGAGAAAUGUCCUACUCUGUCCGAGAUUUUGGAAGUCUGUACGGCUAUGCAGGUAUCGAAAGAGGAUGGGUUUCCUCAAAAAUUAUGCGAGGAAUGUGUCAAAGCUCUGCAGUUUGCCUACGCCUUCCGAAUGCAAGUGCUUAAUUCCUAUGAAGAGUUCAGGAAAAUAAUUGAAGCUCAAGCAAAUGUAAAAAAUGAAGAAAUUGAUGUAGAACUUAAGACCGAGAAUCAAUUCGAUUACGAUUUCUGCUAUGACGAUUUCCUACUCGAUGACUUUACCAAACAUGAGACUGAAGACAAAACUUAUGAGUGUAGCACAUGCAACAAGCAGUAUACUAAUGAAAAAAGGUUUAUUAACCACUUAAAAACACAUGGAGAACCCAAUUUGCCUUGUCCUGUUUGUACUAAAACUUUUCAUAAGCAAUCUACCCUGAACCGCCAUUUAGUGAAACACUACAAGUGUAAUAUAUGCCUUAAUUACUUUGAAACAGAAAAGUUACUAUUAGAACAUAUGACCGAGCAUGUAGAUGUUGAGAUUAAGACUGAACAAGAAGAUCUUUAUAAAUGUUCUGAAUGUGAUGUAGCGUAUACUAAGCAGAGGUCUUUAGCUAUGCAUAUGAAAAAGCAUAAAGGCAAGGGGAAAAAGGAGAAAAGUUUCUUUUGUGAUGUUUGCGGAAAGGAGUUUGGCUUGAAGACAUUGCUUCGGAGACAUAUGAAGCUGCAUAGUGAAGAGAGACCAUAUCAAUGCCUGAAGUGUAACAAAAGUUACUCAAGGCAUGACCAGUAUACUGAGCAUAUGAAUAGACAUAAUGGAAUCAAACCUAAUGUGUGUCCACAUUGUAGUAAAGCAUUCAGCCAGCUCUGCAGCCUUAAAGACCACAUUCGCACACACACCGGCGAAACUCCUUACCUCUGCUCCGAGUGUGGCAAGGGCUUCAACAACAGCUCUAACUUGCGGCAGCACAUGAUGAGGCACACCGGGCUCAAGCCCUUCGCGUGUAACUUGUGCCCUAAGAGGUUUUCUACUAAAGGCCAAAUGACGUGUCACAUCGGUACGCACACUGGAGUACAUCCGUACAAAUGCGACGAGUGUGGCGCCACCUUUACCAAACCAAAUUCGCUGAAGAAACACAAGCUGAUACAUCUGGGCAUCAAACCCUUCGCCUGCGAUACCUGCAGCAUGCGAUUUUCGUGCAAAGACCACCUCAAGCGCCAUUACCGCAUCCACACCGGCGAGAAGCCUUACAAGUGCAAGUACUGCGACCGAGCUUUCACGCAGAGCAACGAUUUGGCCAAACACACGCGCAUGCACGUCGGACAAAACAUUUACCAAUGCACACAAUGCGACAUGCGCUUCCGUCUCCUCAGCGAGCUGAAACAGCACUACCCCUCUCAUUACAUCCCCCGCGGGGAGCCCCUGCCCCUGCCCCUGCCCAAGGAGGCCUCCCUGGACGUGCUCAAGCCGUGCGAGGAAAACAAGGAAGGCACUAUUACUAUCAGGUUCAGCAGCAAUGGGAUGGACAAGGAUGGGUUGCAUGGGAAUAUUACUAUCGAUAUUACACCAUAAAAUUGAAAAAAUAGAACAUCCCUAUCCUUACCCAAUCGGAUGUGCUUAAAAUUGUGUGAAGAAAAAGAAGGAGCUAUUACUAUAGCAGCGGGAUGGACAAAGAUGGGUUACGUGGGAACAGGUACUAUUGAUAUUAUACCACAAAAGGAGAGUAUGUAUACAUUUCUUAGGAGACAAAUUUCGGAAACAUACAUUUAAAAACAUUUUUCCUACAAAACAGCGUUUGUUGAUGUUUGUUGUAAUCGCUUACCAUCAGGUGAUCCGUCUGCUUGUUUGCCUCGUCUAUCAUAAAAAAAAUGAUAUGGUUUACUUGUCCUUGGUGGAAAAGGAAAGAAUAAUACAUUCCUACCAUUUCCAUAUCCCUAGCCUCGUCCUGCCCAUUGUGAUUCCUAAUGGACAUAUUCCAUUUUUAGCAAGUUAUGACUGGAUAGGUUGGGGUAGUGUUGGUUACGACUCGAAUCCUUUGAGUCCUCUGUUUUAAGACUCGAUUCAGUUUUUCAGACUCUUAUAAUUAAGACGAAACUCGAGUUCUUUUCAACAUAUUAGAGACUAGAGUAUUUUGUAGAGACUCGAGUCCUUUUCGGAGAAAUAGUAAUUUUAUUACAAAUAACUUCGAAAUGCGUUGUCUUUAUGUAAAAUUCAUGGAUGUACAUAACAUAAAUCAUAUAAUAACGCCUAUUUCCUUUACUGUUGUUUAGGUAAAACCUAUAAAAUUGUUGACUGAGUCUUUAUUCAGAGACUCGAGUUCUUUUGAGUUGCGCUUAAAAAAGACUCAAUAAAGGACUCGACUCGGGACUUAAAAGACUCAGAAGUUUUUAAAGCUCUCGUGAAAACAAGUCGAGUUCUUCAAUUUAGACUCAAAAUACUUGAGUUCCUACCAACACUAGGUUGAGGUUACACAGAAACUUAUUUUUUGUAACUAAAAACGUAAAAUACAGGAAAAUGAUCUCUAUUUUCCAAAUAAUUUGGUUUAAAUUUCAAUGGCUUAAAUAGAGAGUGGUGGGCAGGACGAGGCUAGACCCAUAUCAUAAUAAAUAAAAUACUAAUAAUAUGCAGUGGUAUUCAGAUAAAUGGUCACGAAUUCUGUACGUAUGAAGAUUUGAAUAUAAGCAUUGUUAGUUUGCGAUUAUUUGAAAAUAAUUUGUACUGUUUAGAGAAAACUAUAUUAAUGUCAGCACCCUUUAAUAAUUGCCCCUCUUAACCGUAUUUUAAGGUAGUCUUUAGGUUUUCUCCUUUUUUUUUAUUUGCCUCAUAAAAGCAAUUCCUACCUGAGGAACUUUUCAAAUCUCGAAUUUUUGAAGCUUUGUUUCUGUCGCGCUGCGGUGGACGGGAGUACGUGCGUGCGACAAGGACGACCGCAGCUCGGACUAAAAUUCCCACGCAAAAAACUCAAAAAUCGAGGUUUCGCUCUCGACUGUUUCCUCCUCCAAAAUGCAACCAAUCAUUAUGAAAUUUUGGAAACUGCAGAGGAAGAAAUAAUCUAUGCCGCUAUGUUUUGAUUUUUUGUACAUUAGUUGUCUUAUUUGUAUACUGCGCCUUUUUUUGCAGCCAAUUCAAUUGAGACGUUUUUGCGAUUUUCCAGGCGCUGUAAGUUUCUUCAAAAUAAAAUAAUUCAAACAAAGCAAAACAUAGCGGCACAGAUAUUGAUGACAUUGAUCUUAUUUGAAAAAAUCAUUGCUCUAGGUUAAAAAUCCAGGGAGGAAACAGUCGAGAGCGUUUGUAUGGAAAAAUCGCAACUAGGAAUUCCUCUUAACUUCCUCAAAGUCAGUAACGUGUCAUAUGAAGAAUUGUUUUCAACUGCCCACGAUGGAACUGCUGGGCGGGAGCCAAAUCACACAAACAAUGCUCUGUAAUCCGGCGUUUGGGUGUGUUACAGCCGGAUUAGAGAGCGGGUCAUCUAAAACAAAAACUGCCGGAUUGGCGAGCGCCGGAAUACCGAGCGCCUACUGUAAUUGAGGCUUGUAAAGUUUUAUGAAUAAGUAGGUAAAACUUUUUUGUACAAAUAUAUGUCGGCGGCCGAUCGUAAGAUCAGGCAGAUCGUGAAAUUCCUAGGCAUAUCCUGAAACGUGAAAAUCUUUGUCUCUUCCCGUGACGACUCAGCAGGGCUCCUAUUUCUGAACAGUUUGCGGCCAUCUGAAGCAACCCGUUUAACCUAUCCUAUCUAUCUAUUGGAUUAAUGUGACUACCGUCAAAUAUUACACGGGAACAUUACGAUCUGCCUGAUUUUACGAUCGGCACAGAUAUAUACAGGGUGUUUAUUUAGUCACCUGAAAUAAUUUACGGGGUCAAUAUUUAGGUCAUAGGGACCAACCCGAAAUCGCGAAAAAAAAAUUUACUCUACCAUAUAAAAUGUAUGAAACAGACAUUUUUUUUUCGCGAUUUCGGGUUGGUCUUAUAGUAAAAGUUGCUCAGUAUGACCUAUAUAUUCACCCCGUAAAUUAUUGCAGGUGGCUAAAUAAACAUCCUGUAUAACCGUAUGUUACAUUAAAUGUUGCCUAUAUACAGGGCAGUGAUGUUGCCUUAUUAAAAAUCUCAUUAGACUAAGAUAUUGGCUUUACUUAGUUAAGUCAGUUUUAAACGAUUUUUAAAUGUUUUAACAGUACAAAAGUGUUUUAUAAAUUUAUCGACACGAUUUGGUGUUUUCAAAUAUAUUAAUGUUUAAGAUUAGUCCAGCCGUCCUAAGUAUGUGACAUUUUUCGUUUGUCCAAGUUAAAGAAAUUGUAUAUUUUAUAUUAAUGUGGAUAUCUUGUCAAAAUUUGCAUGUAAAUAUGUAUAUUUUUACAGUACAUAUGGUGCUACUUUACCGCACUAGUGCGAAAAUUAGCAUAUUACGUUACUGUGUCGAACAUUUAAAGGGCCAUAUGUACUGUAAAACGUUGUACGAUACAUGUGCGAAUAGGUAAUUCGCAACUCGUGCCGAUUAAAAACACUCCCUUCGGGCGUGUUUUAGUUUAUCGCCACUCGUUUCGAAUUUCCUAUUUUUCGCACUUGUAUCGUAAUGUAGUAUUACAUUACAUCUGGUGCUACUUUUCCGCACUAGUACGAUAAUUACAUAAAUUACUAUUUAGAAAAUUUUACGAAAAUUUAAAGGGCUAUAUGUACUGUAAAACGUUGCACGAUACAUGUGAGAAUAGGUAAUUCGCAACUCGUGUCAUUUUAUCAUAACUCGUUGCGAAUUUCCUACUUUCCGCACUUGUAUCGUAAAUAACUAUCACAGUACAUAUUAUGGCGCUACUUUACUGCACUAGUGCGGUAAUUAGCACUUUACUGCCCCGAAUUAGCUAUGAAUCGUUUGUCUUUAUCUGUCAUUUUGACUUCUGUAUUUGUCAGAAAGGGACAAAACAUAAUUUAACUAAAUCAGGCCCGUAAAGUUUUAUGAAUAAGUGGGUAUGAAGAUAUCAUACCUACUAGUGCUUGUCUUGCCCCGGUGAUAUUCUUACUAGACUGGGAGCCAGGAACAGAUUUCCAUGGCCAAUCGCCUCCCGGGCGAAAACUCGUAUAGUGGUUAACGGCUAUGUAUGAUGAACCCUCGCGGACGUCAGCUGCCGCUCCGUUGGUGGGUUGAGGAAUGGCAGCCACCGAAACACGUAAAAAAAGUCGUCAUCGCCUCCCGUUUGAUUAUUGUUAAUUUUAAAAAUCGUCAGCCGGUUAUAUCACGGUCGUGAGAACGUCAGCUGGUCGCAUGAACAUGUAAACAAUAAGCGCUUUACCAUUUAUGAUAGCAAUAACAAAUCAUGAAACUUUGCAUCUAGCAUUUCAUCAGGUAAAACGCCUGAAACGCCAUAAACGGGUGAGAGUCAGAAUGGCGGGUGUACCUAAAUAAAUUUAAAUGAAAACCAUACCAUAUUUUUGUACCUAAAUUGUACUAUUUAGUGCCUCCUUUAAAAAAAAUUGUACCUCGCGGUACUUAAAGUUAUCACCAAAAAACAGUACACCCGCCAUCCUGACAGAAUGGCGGGUGUGCUUUAUUACGCUAUGUUCCCGUGGUUAUUGAUAAAUUCUAUAAAAGCCGAAUUUUUGUACCUUUUUUGUACCUUCAUAUUCAAUUAUAAUAAGAGUCAUUUUAUUUGCGAUUUCCGAGUUUUACUCAUUUUAUAUUUUGAUUGCUAUUACAAUUUUGCAGGCGUUAUAAUUUUUCAAGUUAUCGAUUUCAUUUUUAAGUACUUUCACAUAAACGGAUAACGCAAUUUACACAUUACGCAUACUUUGCGGACAUAAACUGGUAAGGCGCGUAUUUUUUACAUGUCCAUAUUACAGCUGACGGUCUUUCCGCCGCGAUACAACCGGCUGACAGUUUUUUUUUACUAUCAUCUGACAACGUAUCAGCCGGAGGUUAUGACUGACGAAAUAUGCUCCUGGCCCGCGCUCUAUACCCCACCUUACCUUAUUAUUUGGCUCUAUGACUAGCAUAAAAAAGCCUUAAUUUUGGAAAAUUGCUCAUAUUAAGUAUAAUAUAUGUUGCAUUAAAACGCUGUGAGCGGCAUUUUGUUAUAAAUAUUAGUUUAUUGCUUCUAUAUUUAAUGCUUAGAAAUGAUAUGUAGAUAGUGUACAUCUGUUUUAAAUAAGUUAUAUAUGAUUAAGAAAUACGUAUACAAAGACUUAGGUUAGUGUAAAAUGUUACAGCUGCUAAUUUGACAGCUAGAGUAGAUAGCGCUGUCCGUUUUAUGAUAGUUUGUUGAGCGUUAGUGCUUCAAAACCACUAGUUAUCGCAUAGUAUACCACGUACAGUCAAAUCUGAAAACAUACACUAUCGAAGUGCCAAACAUAUGUAUACACGACUUUAUGGCCCAUAUAAAUUAAUAAUAAAUAAAUAAAUAUUAUAGGACAUUAUUACACAAAUUGACUAAGUCCCACAGUAAGCUCAAUAAGGCUUGUGUUGAGGGUAUUUAGACAACGAUAUAUAUAAUAUAUAAAUAUUUAUAAAUACUUAAAUACAUAGAAAACACCCAUGACUCCGGAACAAAUAUCCAUGCUCAUCACACGAAAAAUGCCCUUUGGAAAUACCAGGAUUUGAACCCGGGACCAUCAGCUUCGUAGGCAGGGUCACUACCCACUAGGCCAAACCGGUCGUCAGUAUAUUACGGUAGUGUAUACAUAUUUUUGCCACUUCGUCCGUAUCAAUAUUUUCAGACGUGACCAUACAAAAAGAGAAAAUGUUUUUCCACUUUUAAAUAUUUUCCAUUCUCUAUGAUUUUUAGUAUGUUUUUGACACAAUGAAAAACUAGGUUUAUAGGUUGUCUUUUUUUUUUAAAUUGUAAUAGGUACAAUUUUUUUAAAUUGAAACCUAUAUAUAAACCUAGAAUAUGUUAUGAUGAAGCGAUCGACAUUAAAAUCAAAGUGAUUUGUCAAACGUGGAAAACGUCGCGGGUUCAAACCCCGGCUCGUACCAAUGACUUUUUAGAAACUAAUGUACGAAAUAACAUUCGAUAUUUACCAGUCGCUUUUCGGUGAAGGAAAACAUCGUGAGGAAACCGGACUAAUCCCAAUAAGGCUAGUUUACCCUCUGGGUUGGAAGGUCAGAUGGCAGUCGCUUUCAUAAAAACUACGCCAAUUCUGGGGAUUAGUUGUCAAGCGGACCCAGGCUCCCAUGAGCCAUGGCAACUAUACUGGUACGAAACAGUACCUUAUAAUUUAUUGAAAUUAAUGCGUUGGGUUGAUUCUGCUCACGUCUCCUGAAUCAUAAACCUGUAUAUAAUCAAUAUAUUUUUUUUCAAUUUUUAUUGUCGACUUAAGUAUUUGAAAAACGUGGCGCUAUUAUUUUAUAAGUUUAGAGGUAGGUGUUUUAAUUUAGAUAUUUACCUUUAUGAGGCUUUCCAUGUCAUUAUGUUAGUUUUCAUAAUUUUAGAAUAGUUUGGGUACAAAUAUUUAUUUAGUUCCAAUGCAUUUAGUUCAUGUACAAAGUAUUAUCAUAUACACUAUUUUGUUCCAGUACA